AUUGAUGCAAAUUCCAUUCAAUUUCAUUCAAUCAUUCAUUCGAGAUCUACACAUCACCGUUAUUCAUUAUUAUGCAAUAUCAUUCAACGUCAUCCCAUUUUCAACCGCAUGAUCAUUGGAUUCAAAAUUCAUUACAAAAUUUAAAUACAAAAAAGACCUAUUCAAAUGUCCAUCACAAAAUCUCAAAGUCCAAGUCAUUGUUCAUUACAAACCAUGUCCAAAUUAUAAGGUCCAAGCCCAUUACAAAAUAAAGCCAUGUUCAUUACAGAAAAAACCAAUUGUCCAUUAUAUUACAAAAUUCAAAAUCAAUUCCAUUGUGAAAUCCAUGUUUAUUAUCCAAAUGUGCCAAGUUACACCAUUAGAAGAAAAUUACAUACAAAGAAAAUCUCAUAGAAGAUUCGAAUUGAAUUACAACAUAAACCAAGCCUUGCAACAUCCAGAAUAUUAAACUUUCAAAACCUGCGCCAUAAAACUCUACAAAACAAUUCGGCUUCUACCGGCAUUAAAACCGAACCGCAACUUGCAUAAGAAAAAGGACCUGCAUAAUUAAAAGAAACGGGUUCAAUCAAGCCGCUCCAAGUCAAAAGAAAAGCUCAACAGAAAACGUAACAGACUUUUAUUCUCCCUCCAUCAAUUCUGAACAUUCUUCAACCUUUCCAAUUCAAUCGCAAGAAAUAAGAAAAGAAAUUCACCAGAAGAAAAUUAUAACAGAAAAAGGAAAAAGAAUGUAAAAAACUCUUUCGAUCUGAGGACUUCAUUGCUCAUCUUCAUCUUGACACCAAUUUCUUCAUCUUUCUCUCUCGAGCCUGAAUUCUCAAAACAAACUUCACCUUCUUUAUCAUCUCAGAACCAUUCAAUUCACCUUCAUCUUCAUCACAGAAUCAUCUACGCUUCAAUCUCCAUUCACGAUCUCAAAUCAUCAUCGAACCUUCAUCCAUCUUCUUGAGCACACCUUGACCUUCGUCAAUCAUCACCGUAAUCUCAAUCUGUUGCAGAACAUUCAACGCAGAUACCGUUCAGCACCAAACUCCACGCAACAAUCUUCGACAAGUUUUCUUUGCUUCUGCGUCCAACAGUAUCGAUUUCCACAAUAUCUUCAACGUGCUUCAACAACAAUUCGGUUCAUCAUCAUCUUUCAUCGUCAAUGCGAAUAACAACAUCAACGCUGAAUCUUCAAUUCUCCGCAACCUCAACGCCAAUCACUACAAACAACAGCAACCACACAAGAACUGGAAAUCGCAAGGGAGAUCGGGAAGAAGAGAUGAAGAAAACAUAAGCAGAGAGAUAAAGAGACUCGUACCUGAAUCUUUGAGAGGUUUUCCUCUAGUUUUCUCACCGGAUUCCUCAAGAUUGGAGAGUUACCGGAUGCUUCUUCGGUUAAGCGCCACCGUGUUGUAAAUUGAGAAGCUGAGACGGAGAUAACGAGAUGAUGAAGGUUGUUCGACGGUGGCCGGAGGAUGAUCGGUCGGAGAGUGAGAGCUCAGCCGUGCGCCAUUUGUGCGAGAACGAAGGAGAUGAACCUUCGUGAUUUCAAUAAGCCAUAACAUGUAACCCUAAUCCUUUUCAUACUAAUCUUUGCUUUUAGUUUCAUUUAACUAUAAUAAUCAGAUUUAAAUUGGAUUAAUUGUUGGUAAUGGUUGUUUGAUUGAGUUUAACGUGAAAUGAGAGAUUAAGUUGAAUCAAAAUCUGAAUAAUAACUUGGAUCAUCAUGGAUUAACAAUAAUCCUUGGGCCUUGGACGAAAAUCCCUGCGCACACCCCCCUCAUGAGCCCAUUGCCACCGAUUUUUUGGCUGAAAAUUGAAACAAUAAACAUUCAUUGGGCCAACAGCUUGGGCCUGGCGCCCUUACUCCAUAGCACACCAUAUUUCCAGUAGUUCACCCCCUGUAUGCAUGAUUUUGAUGUUUUAGAUUUAGUUUUUUUAACUAGUUUACUUUCCAUUAUUUUUAGCAUAAUAAAAUGACAUAGAAUCAUAAUAAACUUUGUUAGAUUUAGAAUUUAAUCUUGAUAUUGUUUUGUUAGAUUUUAGAAGUUAAUCAAAUAGUUUGUUUCGGUAGCUUUUGGUUGAAAUAAAAUGCAAUAAAAUCAAUUGUUUUGUUAGACUUUUGCAUGAUAAAAAAUAAUAAAAACAUGUGAUACUUUUUGCUUGUUAGAAUUUAAUUGUUUUGUUACAUAGUUUAGUUCUAAUUCUUUGAUAAAAUGCCAUAAAAAAACAAUUUAAUUUUGUUAGAUUUUCUUUUAGAAUUCAUUUAGAGUUUAAUUGCUAGUAUUUUCUAUGGUCGGUGCAUGCUUCCUUGUUAUUACUGAUUUGGUUGUUGAGAUGUGCGAGGUACUUCGAGAGAGCCUUCGAUUGCUUCGUGUUCCACUUUAUUUGUGGGACACGAAUUUAUUCCCGAUGCGAUUCACCCGAUCUCUCAUUCAUUGAGAUGUAUAUUCCUGUAUUGUCUGGAUUGUGUUUCUCUUGCAGGUUGCUUGUGUGGUUGUGUUUGAUACGCACCACAUGGCGGUUGUGAUUUAUUUUCACACUGCAUCGCUUUGACGCUUAUGCUGGACUCCUGGCUUUGCUGGAUGAUAGAUUAUGUGAAGUUUCUUAGUUCUGCUUGUGUUGCUAGCUCACUGCGGAUUUGCUAUCCGCUCGGUAUCUCAUUGUCCCUUUUACCGUUUUCCGCAUCAUCCUAUAACAUGAGAAGUAGGACUUAGACAUGCAUCUGGCCAAGUCCUCGAAAGAGGCUCUGUUUUUGUUGGUGUGUUUACAUUUGUGCUUUGCGGCAGGGAGUCAUGGUGUAAUAAGUCCUAUAUGGCACUCCGUUAAGUCCUUAUGGAAGGCAUGCGGAAAGGGUUAGCAAUCAACCCCCGCCUAGUCUCAUCGAGUCUGUUCAGUAUGCGCACGCUACGCGUUGCUCGCUUCUGAACCAACACAAGAUCUUGUUAUCGAGUAUGUCAGGAAAAGGGUUCAUGCAACCGGACCCCCGCCUUUCUUAUAGCUCGCGUCGCUCGACGUUGAUGCUCGGUGUACGCACGCACCGUUUUCCUUUACGAUCCGUGACGGCUUGGUUGCUGAGAGGGAAUCGCUCCUCUUGUCUAUGGCCCGUUCAUUUUCGCGAGGUCUAAUGCUUGGUUGACUUGGGUUGAGUUGCUCUCCUUGGCUAUGGCGGGACCGCCUUUCUACCAUUCGGCCAGUGCCGUUGGUUUGUUUGCUUUACGAGCGGAUGCUCGUUUGUGUGAUAUUCUUGUUUGCUUCCCCUUUUUCCCGUAGGUUGAUAGUUUAGUUUAGAUUGGUACCCUUUGUAUGAUAACAUUAGGUAGCAAGCUUUCCCCCUUAGCUUAGGUCUUCCUCAUGCAUUCUUUAAAACACAAACCACACUCUUUGAUUUUCUUUUCUUAAGAGCUUGUUAUUUCCGCUCCAUUCCCAAGCAUAAGUCUCCAAAGGUCGAGCAGCGGAGUGUGAAUGUAACUCGUUCACCUAAAAAACACAAAACAAACAGAAAUUAGUUAGCCGAGCUACGGUAGCUCUGAUUCUGCAAAACAGAUACGUAGGCAGCGGGGUAGGGCCCGUGCGAGCACAAUUCUUUCUUUUCCCUACAUUUUGCAUGCAUUUUAGUCCAGAUUAGCGCAAUUUGCUUAUACACCCAUAGUUUUAGACACAAGCGUGGAUACCAUCGAGUACGAUGGACGCGUGGGGUGUUAAUACCUUCCCCUCGCGUAACCGACUCCCUUACCCUUUUUCUCUGGUCGUGAGACCAUUGUUUUGUUUUGUGAUUUGCUGGCAUUCCCUUCCUUUUCAGGAUAAAUAUGUUAGUGGCGACUCUGUUAAUUUUCGCGGUAGCGACAGCUGGCGACUCUGCUGGGGACGUCUCGACCUAUUGCGGGUCCGGACUUAGCGAGUCAAUCCUAGCGCUUGUGUGUUUAUCUUUGGGUGUUUUACUGCUUUGCAUAUUUAUCUGUUUGCAUUGCAUUCUAUGUGCGCUUUUACUUUUCUGCAUCAUAUUCUGGACUGUCUGGAUUUCUAUCUGUGGGUGGGUGUUUCAAGAGGUAAAAGACCCAAUACACAGGUCAUGAGUGAUACCUUAGGAACUAGGACUAGAGUGGCCGUGACGGACAGAAGGCGUAUGCCUGAUUGAUCUGAUCACGUAUCCACGGGCAGAGCUUGGUGGAAUGAGGCAAUAUCGUAUGAUAACGCCUACAUUCGAUCCUCUGUUGACUUUUUGACCUACCCUGGCCUAGAUUUACCCGUGAGUGGGGCGGGAAUCAAUCAUUGCUUAACAGGUACAUUGAUGGCGACUUUGGUUCUUGUUCGAGGGUUACCGUGGUUCUUGUUCGAGGGUUACCGUGGUUCUCGUUCGAGGGUUACUUUGGUUCUUGUUCGAGUGGUUCUGUUUCCGUGAUGGUGACUAUGGUACUGUUUCUAUUGGUUAUGUCCCGUGAUCUACGGGAAGUUCCGAAUUGGUGCCGAACCUUUGAACCUGUGCCGUGUGAUUUCUCGGUAUCCCAGAUAUAUCCAGUAUUUGUGGUUCCCACCACUUUGCAUCAUUGCAUAUUUACUUUCAAAAAAAAAUGAUGUACAAAAAAUAACUAGCAUACAUGUUCCUUCCAUUUCAAAGGAAUCAUAUCUUUAAGCCUCGUGUCGAUCUUUUCCAUCUCUUAUUUGCUAAAAAAUCAAAACACGAGAUUUCCUUGGAAAUCGAAUGGACAUGGCAUUGCAUUCAUAUCAUGCAUCUCAUACAUUUCAUGCAUAACAGGUGUUCAGGAUCGAGGAUCUCUUAUUCAUACUUGGUACUCUUCUUCAGACUCAGAGACUUUAUUUGUUCUUAUUGUGUGUUCAAAGAUCAGUCAUGAAACAACUUUGUGGGGUGAUCAAGAGGAAAGCUCAGUUGAGGUUCUUUUUGAAGACUUGUCUUAUGCUCAUGUGCUUCCAUGCUUGCUUUAUUUGCAAUUGGUUAAGCUCCGUACUGUAUUGAUGUUUGCAAGUUCUCUGCUUGAUGAUGAUGGCACUAGGUGUGAGUUCUAUUCUGGGGCACCUGGUCGUGAUGUUAGUAUUUACAAGUCUUUGAAGUUGCUUGGGGCUCCCGACCGAGGGAUAAGCAAGACCAUUCUGUCUUGAGCGUUGCACCAUUUGCAUUGCUCGAACCCCUAAAGCACUUACAAAUUCCGUGUGACUUCGUCAGAAUCUUCUGACAGGAAUUAAUCAAGAGUGUUCUACAGAGAUACCUCUCAUUCUCAAGGUUUUGCUCCACAUCCUGGGUCACCCCCUCCUCGAGUUUCCUUUUCAGUAGCAUUCGCUUGUCAACAGAGACGGAAAGAGAAUAUGAGAAGCAAGCCGAUGUGAUCCUAAUGCCUUGUGUCUAGUUGCAUCCUUGCUUGUUGGAAUUGCAGUUGGUUAAGAUUCGUGCUUUGGAUGUUUCUCACCACAGAUGGCUCCUGAUUUCGAUGACAAUACUCGGUGUUUUCCAUUCUCGGGGCACCUGAUCAUAAUGUCAAGCCUUACAAGAUGUUGAGGUACAAUAAGUCCAGGACUUGCUCGAUACAGAGAUGUUUGAGUUCAUUCAUAAUGGUUUCCACCGAUCAAUCCCAUUUCAUCUGCUGCAAAUGGAAUGUUUGGUCUUCCUCGAGGAGUAACUCAUAAGAAUCACUUUCAACUUGUACUACCAGAGGCUUCUUUCCCAACAAUUGUUGUGUGUUCCAAGUAAUGACUCUGAUGGUCAAGCGUUAGAGGUUAUUGUUGUUCGCUGAUAGUAAUACAAGUUUCCUCCAUUCAUGAUGGUGUUUUCUGUUUCAGCAGCUAUAUUUAGGGCUCCCGACCGAGGGAUAAGCAAGACUCCGUGUUCUUGAGUUUGCAUCAUUGGCAGCUCAAAUCCCUAAAGCAUUCACAAACUCCAGUUGCUAUUUUGAGGGCUCCCGACCGAGGGAUAAGCAAGACGCCUUGUAUCUUGAGUUCGUGCACCACUGGCACGACUCAAAUCCCUAAAAGAUGGACACUUACAAUUUCCUUAUGACUUUUCCGGAAUCUUCUGCUGGGAAGUAAUCUAAAGUGUUAUACGGGAACAUAUGCAACGCUUGGUGUGUUUUCCACUCUGGGGCACUUGGUUAUCUGAUUGAAGAUUUACAGACAUUCAAAGACAAGGUUCAAGACCUGAUUUACUCAAAGGCUAUCACAUUCGUACCUAAAGGCCAGAAUUGAAGUUCUCCUUUGACUCAAUGGAUCUUCUGAAGCAAUAAGUCCAUACGGAGAAGAUCUCCUCAACAUUGGCAAUUCCUAAUGCAUGUUCAUGUUUAAGCUUUCUUGCUUUGUUCAAUACUGUUUGCAUGCAAAACUUGUUUGUUUUUGAACUAUAAUCAUAAUGCACUGAAUAUGUUUGUCUUGAAAAAAUCCAUUCGCUUUUGCUCGUAUGUGUUUUUCUACGCUUUUUGUGGUACUAAACUCUUGUUAAUAAAGCAUGAUAACUCCAAAGGGAGAAUGAUGAACAUUAUACCAAUAACCUCAAAUGGUAUGCUUUUGAGUAGAACCCUGUUGAUGAUGUACAGACAUUGUUUCAAAUUCCCAAACACCGGAGAUAUAAGGGAGAUAGACCUUCGUUAACCCUUCUGAGCCUUCGAAGUAGGAGUUUCUUUUCUCUAUAAAAAACCCUUAUUUUUAACCCAGGGGCGGGUAGUAUUCAGUUAACCUGAUCAAGCAUUCAAAAUUCAUCAGGAGUGUGCACCUAAGGAUAUAACAAUGGUUAUCCCUCACAUUAGGAGGACGAAACGCCAAAACCACAACAGUUAUCCCUCACCUCAUAAGGUUGAGACAUCAAAAUUAUCCCUCACCUCCGGAGGUUGAGACCAACAUCAAAGUCGCGGUGGUUAUCCCUCAUAUCAUGAGGUCAAAGGAUGACGAUACCACAAUGGUAAUUCUUCAUCUACCAAGAAUUCAGGUAGUCAUGAUCACUUCCAAUAAAACAAAGGUAGUGCGGGAUCACACGACUUGUCAAAAAAAAAGAAUGAAAAAAGAAAAAAGAGAAAGAAAAAAAAGGAAAGAAAGAAAAAAAAAAGAAAAAAAAGGAAAAAAAGAGAAAGAAAAAAAGGAAAAAAGAGGAAAUGAUAAUGAAAUUGUUAAUCAAGGACAAAGUCGUGUGAUGUUAAAUCAGGGGAUCAAGAAAGGUGAAGUGAUUGUCGUGUCCAGAAGACCUCACUGACUCCUCAAUCAUUUCAAGACUCCUCUUGAAAGAUGAAUGUGUCAUACCCCAAUUUUUGACCUAAGAUACCACCUCAUAUCAUCUGCAUAUGCAUCAUUUGCAUCUCUAACAAAUUGCAUAGCUUGUGUUUGCUACUUGUGCUCAGCAGGGUUUAAUCAAGAAAUCACUCAUCAGUACUGGUAACAACCAAUUAGGGUUUUGUUCUCCCUUCAUUUCAAAAGAACUAUCUUCAUCAACAGUCACCAUCUGGUCCUCAAAGUUUCAUUUCAACAAGCUCAAAAGCUAUGAAUCAACCAGAUUAGGGUUUUGACUGAAGACAGUAUACUCCUGACUUUUGCUCAGGAUUUGACCUAAUGACUUGGGACAUGACCUCAGGACCCCAAGUACAUCAUUUUGACCUAAUCUAUUGACUCAAGACAUCUCCUACACAAGGAUUGAUCAACAGUGGAAUUUCAAAUCAUCAGAUUAGGGUUUUGAGCUAUCAGGGACUAAAAUCAGGGAUCACAUUUGGGAAACCCUAAAAAGCUCCAGGGAAUCACUCAAAGGUUUCAAUCAUCUUCAAAUAAUCCCUAUGACAAUAUCCAAUGGAAAUUUCAUCUCAAUUCAAGAUCCACAGUCAUCAAUUUCAUCAGGUCGACAAUUAGGGUUUUUGACCUAAUUCACCUGAACCACUGACUUUUUAAUCAGAACAUGGUACCACAACUCAAGCUAUGAUUAAAUAUCCUCUAAUACCUCAAUAUUAUCCAUUCAUACCAUUCAUUUGGUGAGGAUAGCCUGGUUCAUUUGAAAUCUCCAGAAACGCGAUUCGUCUGAAAAAGUCAAUUAUGCAAGAUCACCAUUGACUUUUGGGGAAUUUUGGUCAACCAUGACUUUUGAAGUUUUGAAUCAUCAAUAUAUGAUAUAUGAAGUCAUUUGAUCAAGAAAAAUCAAGAAAAUCAAUCAAGACUCAAAAAGUCAAAAGUUUGACUUUCAUACUUAGAAAAUUUUCUAAGUGUUUUUCAAUGGUUUUUCCAAACUUUGGAAGGGAAUAACUCAAAAUUUCACCUACAAACUGAAAAAAACUUCCAACAUGAAAGUUGUAGAUUUUGAUCCAAUGAACAACUUUGUCACAUAUAAUGAUUUUCCAAAAGAUCAACCAUUUAAGAGAUAUGGAGCUUCAAAGUUGGUAUCUUUUGAAAAAUGCACUUAAAAUCUCAUUUUCUUCAAAGUUCAUGGAUCUUUUUCACCCAUUUCCUUAAAGGUCUUGAAGAAACUUUCAACUAGGAUUUUGAAGUACAUAACAUGAGCUUUCCAAAAUGUCCAAGAGCAUGAAAAAAUAUGGAGUGUAGCUAUGGCUUUGAAUUUCUCCAUUAGUGACCAUUUCACUUGAAAUUUCAAGUCAUUUUUGCCAAAGUUAUGUACUAUAUGACCUAUAAUGCAAACAAUGAUGCAUCAAAGCAAUAAUUGAAAGAUAUUUUCUGAUUUGAAGAUCAGAAUGGAAGAGGAUAGGAAGCUUGGAAGAAUAACCAUGGUUAAGUUACUUUAACCAUUUUGCAUUAAAUGUAAAAGAUUCCAUUUUAUCUCUUAAGCCAAAUCAUCACUCCUUGAUCAACUUGCAAAGGUCUGAGUUCAGAACUCUUGGCCUAUAAAUAGAGGUUCAAAUCACUCUUCAAAUCACACCAAAACCUCAUAAUCAUAGGUUUUCUCUCUUCUUUCUUAAGUUGCAAGUUUCAUAAGUUUCAAAGAGGAAGAAUUGCAAUUUCCAUCUCUUGCAAUUUCUGAGCAAAGUGUUGCUUCUAACACUUCCUAAACAUCAUAUGGAAGUUGUUUGAUCCACUCACAUACCCCAAAAACACCUAAAUCUCAGAAUCACUACUUCACUUCCCAAAUAUGCAUAUCACUAGCCUUAUCAUGCCAAUUUUCAUUCUAGCUCAUUUCUGUCCAAGUUAAUCAUCCAAACACAUCCCAUAUACCAUAUAUGAACUAUCCCAAUCAUCAUCCCUGACCUGUAACUCCAAAAUCACCAAGCUUGAUCCUCACUUGAGCCCUACUGCAGAUCGGGUAUCACCAAUUGAUUCAGAGGUUUUCAGUUCAUUCCAAUCAUCCAAAUAUGUUCCAUAAGGUCCAUUGAAGCUGUCCAGAUCAAGAAACAACAUCUGGAACCUCUCAUUUGCAGAAUUCGAUUCUCAGUUUUGGCAUUUUUAAGAUCGUCAAGCUGUCGCGUCUCAAAGUUUCUCGACCACGCUCACAAUCAGAUCACAGAUACAAUACUCGUUCAAGCAGAAGAAGAGUAAUGGAACACUCUGAACAAGAGAAUAUUGAGCUCCGUGGUACAGUUGCCACCCUUCAAGAAAAGUUGGAAAGUCUCACUACUCUGGUUGACUCCUUAAUGGCCGCACAGAAUCAGCCGCCGCCACCCAAUAGUCAAGCAACAGUGACAUCUGAAGUCACUACUCCAGUCUCUACAGUUGCAUUCAGCAUUCCAUCUUUCUCCAUGCCAGAAGGUUGGGGCACGCCUUUCAGCUUUGGUACGGGUUUUCGCCAUAAUUUCUCUGGGAUUCCAACAUCCACAACUGAAGCGCCCGCUGCAUAAAGUUCACUGUUCACUCCAAAUCAGGGGGUAGUUUUUUCUCAGAUCACUAUGGCACUCUCUCAACCCACUAUGACAGUUCCGACCCCUACGGUUCACACUGUUCCUUAUGAUGGCAAUGAGAUUUAUCAUGAUCAAGGUGAUAGCACAAAUCAGUGAAACCUUGUGGAAGAUCUCCAAGAACAAUUCAACAAGAUACAGCUAGAAGUUAAAGCUAUUCGUGGGAAAGAUUUGUUUGGAAAGAAUGCCCAGGAGCUAUGUUUAGUUCCCAGUGUACAAAUACCUGCUAAAUUUAAGGUCCCUGACUUUGAGAAGUACAAAGGUAGUUCUUGUCCACAAAGCCAUCUCGUGAUGUAUGCCCGAAAGAUGUCUACUUAUGUAGAUAAUCAUCAGUUGCUCAUCCAUUACUUUCAAGACAGUUUGACUGGUGCCGCACUGAAGUGGUACACAGGUUUGGAUAGCACUAACAUUCGAACUUUCAACGACCUAGGUGAGGCCUUUGUCCGACAAUACAAAUACAACUCGGAUAUGGCUCCAGACAGAGAUCAGCUUCGAUCCAUGGCUCAGAAAGACCAUGAAGCUUUCAAAGAGUAUGCCCAACGAUGGAGAGAAACUGCUGCUCAGAUUAAUCCACCGUUAAAAGAGAAAGAGAUGACAAAGAUCUUCUUGAAUACUCUUGGCCCGUUUUAUUAUGAACGCAUGAUUGCUAGUGCUCCAAGUGAUUUCACCGAAAUGGUAAACAUGGGAAUGCGUCUAGAAGAAGGAGUCCGAACCGGACGUCUAACUAAAGAAGGUGGAUCUUCAAGCGGAACCAAAAAGUUCGGAAGUGGUUUCCAAAAGAAGAAAGAACAAAGUGUUGACAUGGUGUCCCAAGGAAAGCCAAGAGGAAAUGUCAAUCGUCAACAACAGGUUGCUACUAUCGCGCCAGCCGUUAACACAGCACCAAAUCCGGGAUUUACCCCGCAAUUUCAACAACAACAGCCUCGACAACAGGCUCAACAGUUUAACAAUAAUCAGAAUCGUGUACAAAGAGCUCCACAGUUUGAUCUGAUUCCAAUGACCUACACAGAGUUGUACCCUGCUUUGAUUGAAAGAGGGCUUGUUCAAACUAAAGCACCACCACCAGUACCUGAGAAACUUCCAUGGUGGUACAAAGCUGAGGUCUCAUGCCCUUAUCAUCAAGGAGCACCUGGCCAUGAUCUUGAGCAUUGCAUAGCUUUGAAAUAUGAAGUUCAGAGGUUGGUUAGAUCUAAUCUCCUCUCUUUCAGAAAUUUGAAUCCAAAUGUGCAAGCAAAUCCGCUGCCCAAUCAUGGAGGGCAUGUUGUAAACAUGGUGUAUGGCUGUCCUGGUCCAUAUCGAGUCUAUAAUAUCAACUUCUCAAGAGCAGAUUUGGUACAAAUGCACGCUACUCUCUGUCAAGGGGCGAAUUUUCGCCAGCAUCACUACGGUUCCUGUAGCAUAUGUUGUGUAGAUUCUCAUGGAUGUUCUAUUGUGAGAAGAGAUCUGCAAGUCUUGCUAGAUAAUGGUACUAUUCAGAUCUACAGAAAUAGGAAUGAAGAUGAAGUUAACAUGAUAGGAUGUUAUCCGCAUGAGCUUUUAGUCUCAGAUAUCAACUCAGAAAUGCCUAAAGUUAACGUCAUCGUUCCUCAUUUCAACAUGCCUGAGCGCAUAGAAGUUACUUACAACAAGCCAAGGGUUCCUGUUGCUCCUUUGAUCAUUUGUCUACCUGGACCUGUUCCUUAUGACUCUGACAAGGCAGUUCCAUACAACUACAAUGCAACAAUGAUAAAGGAUGGACAAGAAGUUCCUUUACCUACUCUUUCAUCUGUCGUGAACAUCGCUGAUGUGAGUCGAGUAACAAGAAGUGGACGUGUGUACACUCCACUACCUCCAAAGCAGCCUAUUGCUCCCGCAACCAGGCAAAAUCCUGUUAAUACACCAGUGGGGAAUCCUGUGGAAAUUCCUAUCAGUAAUACAAACAUUGAUGUUGGUCAAUCCAGUGGAACCAAUGUCAAUCCUGACUUUGAUGAAAUUUUGAAGCUUAUCAAAAGAAGUGAAUACAAGAUUGUGGAUCAGCUUAUGCAGACUCCUUCAAAGAUCUCAAUACUUUCAUUACUGUUGAAUUCAGAAGCCCAUAGGGAAGCCCUGAUGAGAGUCUUGGAUCAAGCUUUUGUAGAUCAUGAUGUGACUGUUGAUCACUUUGAUGGGAUAAUAGCUAACAUAACAGCUUGCAACAAUUUAAGCUUCUGUGAUGAAGAACUCCCGGAGGAGGGCAGAAAUCACAACCUUGCUCUACAUAUUUCUAUGAAUUGUCAGUCAGAUUCUUUGUCUAAUGUAUUGGUAGACACCGGAUCUUCCUUGAAUGUGAUGCCAAAGACGACUCUUGCUCGUUUAUCUUACCAAGGAAUGCCUAUGAAGUUCAGUGGUGUAGUAGUCAAGGCAUUUGAUGGAUCACGAAAAUCUGUUAUCGGCGAAGUCAACCUUCCCAUGACAAUUGGUCCACAUACAUUUCAAAUCACCUUCCAGGUCAUGGACAUUCAAGCUGCUUAUAGCUGUCUGUUAGGACGACCAUAG